AUGAGGAGACUAAUUAAGUCAGCUAGGACCAAUGACAAUCUAGAGAGUUCCUUUGCAAUUCACAACCUGACAGAAGAGAAGAAGAAACUACAGGAGAACUAUGACAGUUUGUAUGCUGAUGUGAAUGCUCUUCGGAAUGCCCAGCAGGAGAGGGGUGUGGAGUUAACCAAUCAAAAGGAGCAGAAGAAAUAUCUUGAAGUGAAGAUUGCUGAGCUUGAAACUGUAGUUGGCAAAUUGAAGGCAGAGUUGUCAAAGAAAGAGGAGGAGAAGAAGAAACUACAGGAGAACUAUGACAGUUUGUAUGCUGAUGUGAAUUCUCUCUUGGAUGUCCAGCAGCAGAGGGGUGUGGAGUUAAACAAUCAGAAGGAGCAGAAGGAAUAUGUUGAUGUGAAGAUUGUUGAGCUUGAGACUGUAGUGGGGAACUUGAAGGCGGAGCUGUCAAAGACAGAGGAGGAGAAGAAGAAGAUGCUGCUAAACUAUGAAACUCUGAAGAACCUGACAUGUGCUCAAGUCAACGUGAUUAGGAACUUGAAGUUCAAUCAUUUGAAGGAGAUAGAGAGGCUCACAGAAGAGAGGCUUAAACUGCAGUAUCACAUUUCUGAGCUUCAAAAGUCUGAGGAAAAGAUAAAGUUGAAGAUUCACGGUGUGAAGGCCAUCUUAGAUGAGUAG